ACGCGUAGUCGUUGUCACUCACAUAUCACAGGUUGCCGUAUAUAAAAAAAGGAUGCUAACACGGACUUCGUAUGAAUCGCGUGCGCGCGCGCGGCCUGGAAAAAUCAUUCGAUCGAACCGACCGCUAGCGUCGAGUCAACCUCACGGGAAGUGUCAUUAUGAUGAUGCAGCCUUGCCUUUUUAUUUUGCUAUUUUCUUCUUAAAGUGCCAGUGUUUAGUAGCGACGAGAUGUAUUGCUACGCUUUUCAAAUUAAGAACAUUACGUAUUCGAAAAUGUCGACGUUCAUAACAAUCAACCCUUGGAUGAUAUGGAUUUUCGUGUGAUAGUUUUUUGUUUAUUUUUGUUGCUGACUGAACUGUGAUAGAAAAGUGAUAUAUAAUAACUAGUCAAGAUGAUGUCCAAAAAGCAAUUGGCGUGCAUGCUCGCGUUGCACAUAGUAUAUCUGUUGGUUGGCGCCAGCAUAUUCUACCAUAUAGAGAGCCCUUUGGAGGUGGCGCAGAGAGCCGAAGAAAAACUGGAAAGACUUGAAAUACAAAAUCUCUUGUACGAGAACUAUAUUCCAGAUGAUCCCGAAAAACAAGACAGCAUUUUGAGGAAGCUGUCUGCCUACUGCGGCAAACCCAUGUUCAAUUUCACCACCGAAGACGAAGAGGAGCCUUACAAAUGGGACUUCUAUCAUUCAUUCUUCUUUUCGUAUACUGUUGUCAGUACUAUUGGAUAUGGCAAUUUAGCUCCAACAGUUCAUCUGUCAAGAAUUCUUAUGAUAUUCUACGGUCUUUUCGGAAUACCUAUCAAUGGUAUCUUGUUGGCUAACCUCGGCGAAUAUUUUGGAUUACAGCUAAUCAGCGUUUACCGCAAGUACAAAAGGCGUAACAUCAAACGUGCCAACAACCUGAAUUAUUACUUCACUAACCUGGGAAUGUUGGGUCAAAUCUUCCUAUACCUCGUGCCUGGAUUUUUAUUCUUCAUUUUCCUACCGGCAUGCAUUUUCGUCGUCUUCGAAGGGUGGGAUUAUGUUGCGGCUGUAUAUUACGCUUUCGUUACCCUCACUACCAUCGGUUUCGGCGAUUUAGUUGCAGGUACCGUCAAUAAUGGCUUCAAAUACGGUUAUUUUUUUACAUACCAAAUCUUCUUAAUAGUCUGGAUCACCUUCGGGCUUGGGUAUAUCGUAAUGCUCUUGGGUUUUAUUACCAGUGGUAUGAGAUCAGAGAGUGUCCACAGGAUUGAGCAAAAAUUGGCAUAUCAACUAAAAUCUACUCAGAAUAAAAUCUUACAAGGAUUCACGAAGGACAUAACCAACAUAAGAAAGAUAAUUAAUGAAGCAAAUCUAAUUAAAUUAAAGCCCGUCUAUGUUGAUGCCACGCCAUGCCUCUAUCGAAGCUCAAGUUGUCCUACAUUUACAUUUGAUGUUGAGCCAAGAGGACCUAUUGUAAAACGAAAACGUGCUAAUUCCGAAAAUAUCCAAUUAUCUGCAAAAGAUCUGCUUAGAAUCCAAUCAGAUACCGAUUUGCUAGGAAUCGACAAAGAAAAAACAUUCACCGCUUCUGCCAUUGUAAAACCUGCUGAGCUACUAGCUAGAGUUGUCAAUGUUCUUGGAGGGUUAGAGUCACAAUCAGAAAAAGGAAUUCACAUGUUUGAUGAUGAUCAUAUUUUAGCAACCGAAAAAUCACCACCAGUAUUCAGCAUAGGUCAAAAUAUUAUCACCAACACUCCUAAAAGAACGAGGGCCUUAAGCAUCGCGGUACCAAACUAUAGAAAGGAUUCAGUGGUAAAUAUGAAUAAAGACCAUGAUUUCACGUGGACAAAUGGUGAUUCAGCAGAAAAAUUCAGAAAAGAGGCUAACUUUAGAAGUGGAAAGCUAUCAUUACCAAAUCAAAUUUCUCCUGUUGCCAUUGAAGAAACAUCACAGCCAAGAAACCUCCUUCAAAGACUUUUUAGAAAAUCAAGUUCUACUGAAAGUGCCGACGUUCAAGAAGUAAAUGAAAACAAAUCCAAACCAAGACGUGGCAGCAUAUUCCCAACUUUCAAUUUAAGAGGGCAAGAGAAAAGUGAGGAAGAUAUUUACAAGGAGAAAACUAAAAAGGGAAGGUCUAGUAUAUUUCCUUCAUUUGACUUUGGUAGAGAUAGUGACGAUGAUAUGGCAAGUGCUUACAAAGAAAAGACCAAACGUGGUCGACAUAGCAUAUUCCCAAGCUUCGAUUUUUCUGAAGAUGAAGAUACUGCAGCUAUGAAAAGUUAUCAACAGAAAACUAAAAGACACAGCAUAUUUCCUACGUUUGACUUUAGUGAAGACGAAGAUGAACGGGCAGCAAAAGCUUACCGGGAAAAGACAAAAUCAGGAAGACACAGUAUAUUCCCGACAUUCGAUUUCAGUGACCCCGAUGAAGAUGAUGCAAAACGAUAUAAAGAAAAGACUUCUAAAGGAAGACACAGCAUAUUCCCGUCUUUUGAUUUUAGUGGAAUGACUAGUAACGACGAUGAAGACGAUGAUACUAUAGACGAAGAGCAACUACAAAAAUAUAAAAAUCGAACGAAAAAGGGAAGAUUAAGUCUUUUUCCUACAUUUGGCAGAUCAAAAAAGAGUGAUGAUGAAACUAUGCCAGAAAGUUCUGAUGAACUCGUGGAAUACAAAAACAAGACCAGACAUGGUCGACUCAGUUUGUUUCCUACAUUUGGCAAAGAUCGGAAAAACAGCACAAACGAUGAACCUAAUGACUUAGAGGCGAGUAUACGGGAGUACCAGAGACAAACGAAGCGCGGGCGAAACAGCUGUUUCGCAGGUAAUAAUAAAGAUGAAGGGAGCACUUCAUUUGAAAGAGAAUUAGAAAAUUACAGAAAUAAAACUAAGCGAGGUCGUGGUAGUUUAUUUGACCCUGAUGUUAAUCUUUCUGAACUACCUGAAAACGAACAGGUGAAAGUUCUUGAACAAACAAGUGUAGCUGACUUAAUUCGUGCUUUAGCUGUUUUAGAGACGGCUAAUCAAAGUAGUGAGCCACACGGAUUAUUAGGUCUUUUAUCAGAAGCAGCCGCACCACCUAAAAGGCGAGGAUCCAUAAGACCAGACUUUACAAUGGCAACUUCUAGUCACGAAGAAACGGAAGAAGUACCUGGUCCUAGACGGAGGAGAAUUUCAGCCAGAGCUGCCGCGCCGCUAUUCGCUCCAACAUUAGAAACCGUUGUAGCAGGAGCUGAGUUACAGUUGACUGCGGCUGCCUCAAGAGAAAAUCGUAUGACUAUGAUAUCACCACCUCCUCCCUACAGUGAAAGAGAUGAAGGAAGUAGUAAUAAUGCAGAAGAAAUUCAAAAGCCGCGAGUUAGAAGAUAUUCCCCUGCUCCAGGCGACCCAUCUAAAUCCACGGGUCCAGUACCUAGACUUUUCUCACGUAUGCGUAAAGACACUACGAAUGUGGAAGAAGGAAGUCCAAGACGUGGUAGCUUAACAGAUAUAGUGAUAGACAGUAAUAAAGACAGCACGUAAUGUUAUAUUUUUCACAUAGCCUUUACUUCAAUUUAAUGUAAAUAGGGAGAUUAAAUUAUUAAAUUAUACUAGAAUUAAGAUAACUACAUAAGUACCUAUUAAAUUUUAAGUUGUGCAAUAUAAUGAAGUCUAUAUUUUUUAUAAUGAAAUAAACCUACAUCUUUCAUUGAACUCCUACAUAAAAAUUACCAGCAAUCCAUG